ACUAUUUUGAUUCACAUCGUGUUUUCAACCAUUUUUUUUUUCUUUUACAAGACAACCAUGUUUUUCCAUCCAGAUGUUCAGCCAAUAAGAAGCUGAGGCUGUUUCCAGAGAAGGAAGGAGGCGGACGGAGGAAUGCUGCAGGAUGCCUCUGACUAUGGCUGUCAAACCCACUGGCGAUUAGAUCAAACUACCUUUUUCAUGUAAGAUUUACGAGGAUGUUAUCCACCAUGUCCACUGCAGCUGUCGCGGUAUGGCUGAGUACGGUAGUUUACAUAGUGCAUGCCUUUGAUGCCAGACACACUGCUUUACGUGAGAAAAAUGUCGACAUGGAGCGAUCCAUGGUCUUGAGGCAGAGAACAACUGUGUACAGAGAUGUGGUCACCAUCUUGUCGAGGUCACAUGCAGACCGGAACGUCUACCCAUCUGCUGGAGUGCUUUUUGUGCACGUGCUGGAGAGAGAGUACUUUAAAGGAGAGUUUCCUCCUUAUCCAAAGUCAGGUGAUGCCAGCAAUGACCCGAUCACUUUCAACACCAACCUGAUGGGCUACCCUGACAGACCGGGCUGGCUGCGGUACAUCCAGAGGACUCCUCACAGUGACGGAGUGCUCUACGGCUCGCCCACUGCUGAGCAUGUUGGCAAGCCCACCGUGAUAGAGAUUACAGCCUAUAACAGACGCACAUUCGAGACGGCACGGCACAACUUGGUCAUAAACAUCAUGGCCACGGAAGAGUUCCCACUCCCCUACCAAGCAGAGUUUUACAUCAAAAACAUGAACGUGGAGGAGAUGCUGGCCAGCGAGGUACUGGGAGAUUUUCUAGGGGCCGUGAAGAAUGUAUGGCAGCCGGAGCGCCUCAACGCCAUCAACAUCACAUCUGCACUGGACCGUGGGGGCCGGGUACCCCUGCCCAUCAACAACCUCAAAGAAGGAGUGUAUGUGAUGGUUGGUGCUGACGUUCCGUUCUCGUCGUGCCUUCGGGAGGUGGAGAGUCCUCAUAACCAGUUGCGUUGCAGUCAGGAGAUGGAACCCGUCAUCAGCUGUGACAAGAAGUUCAGAGCUCAGUUUCACAUCGACUGGUGUAAGAUUUCCCUGGUGGACAUCACCAAAGUAAUCCCUGUGUACAUUAACCGCCCUGACCCCGGAACCGGGAUCCUGCCUGAGUUCGGGGAAUACGAUCCCCCGUCGGAAUCUCUAAAGAGCCGGGACUACUUUGCCGAUUUCCUUGUCACACUGGCCAUUCCCUCCGCCGUGGCACUAGUUCUUUUCUUCAUCCUGGGCUACACUAUGUGCUGCCGGCGGGAAGGGGUGGAAAAAAGAAACAUGCAAACACCAGAUAUCCAACUGGUUCACCACAGUUCCAUCCAGAAGUCCACCAAGGAGCUGCGGAGCAUGUCUAAGAACAGAGAAAUCUCCUGGCCCCUGUCCACGUUGCCCGUCUUCAACCCGGUCAGCGGCGAGGUGGUGCCGCCCAUCCACCCCGACAACUACGAGACCACCAGCAUGCCCCUCAUGCAGACACAGACGAACCUUCAAAACCAGAUUACAAUACCACAGCAGCGGCCAUCAGGAGAAAAUUAUGUCAUGUCGACGUUUCGGAGGCUGGAGGUAAAUGGUAUUCCUGAAGAGAGAAAAGUGGCCGAAGCACUGAAUUUGUGACCAGGAGUCUAUUUCGUCCCGUGUCGACCUUUGCUUUUUCUAACAUCCGUGCCAAUCUGCAUGCCUCAACGGUGUCUUUACCAAGAUUUAUUAGUGUCCAUUUGCACUUACACCUUGAUCAGUCAAAGUGUGAAAGCUUAGCAGAUUGUAAAGUUCUAUUUUGUAUUAUUUUGUGUAAAUGUAAAGAAAAACCCAGAAACUCUGUAUUUGUACUUGCUUUGCACAGUCAGUCUCGCAGCGUUAGGGGUGCGUUUCAUUUGUGUCAGUGCACUCACCCAGUGAUGCAUUAAUCCACCGUUUCAUGUAUGAAUAAGAAAAAAAGUAUUUAGAUUUUUU